AUGUCUUUCCCAGUUCUUGCAAACGCCGGAAACCCACCACCAAAAUACACGACCAAAACCCUGUUUGGUACACUCUCAAUCAAAAACCCUACAAGAAAGAAGAGUCAAACUCUUUGAACCAUAAGUUGGUUCCGUAUCCUUCUUUCCCUUCUCUGCCUUGUUGGGGGUCUAAUGUUAUUCAUUGGUCAAGAGAUGUACGUUCUCGGUGGAUGCAUCCACGGUGAGAUAACCACUAAUGCUUUUGCUAUUGAUUGUAUAUCUCGCAAGUGUCGGUCUCUUCCUAGCAUGCGUGUGGCUCGUGGCUGCGCUGCUUUUGGUGUUGUAGAUGAGAAGAUUUAUGUACUUGGAGGAUGUGAAAAGAAGAAGUCGUCGAAAGAUUGGGUUGAGGUUUUCGACCUCAAGAAUCAAACUUGGGAAAGCUUUCCAGGUGUGUGCAACAAAAAGUUGCACGAGGUAACGCUCAAUAGUUUUGUGAUGAACGAGAAGAUUUACAUAAUGGAUUGUAAGAGAAGCUUUGUGUAUGAUCCGAAGAAAAAUAAAUGGGAGAGGGAAAACUCGUUGAACAGUGAAUGGCAAGUUGGUUCGUGCGUUAUUGGCAACAUGUUGUACACUUUCGGAAUUGAGAAUGGAAUAAGCGUGUACGAUCCGAAAGCUAGGAUAUGGAGAUCACUGAAAGGUGUUGAUGAGGAUCUACCUGACAUGCGUGGUAUUCAAGGAGGGUCUAGGAUGGCGAAUCAUGGAGGGAAACUAGUGAUUUUGUUUCAGCGUGAUGAUGAAAUUAGGGGGGAAGUAAAGAUUUGGUGUACAGAGAUUGCGUUGGAGAGGCGUGGACAAGGAGAGCUUUGGGGGAAGGUUUUGUGGUUUAAUAUUGUAGCUACUUUUAAAAGUUCUCCCACCAUUGUUCAAUGUUUAGAUGUCAUCAUAUGA